CCCGGGCAGGCGUGGGAACGGACCGGGCGGCGGCGGGCAGCAGGCAAGAUGGCAGCUCAGCCCAAUGGGCCUGAGAACUGGUGGGCAGUGCUUACCUGUUUUGUGGAAUCCACUCUGGACAAGGUGGCCCUGUCUGAUGCCUACGCUCACCCCCAGCAGAAGGUGGCAGUGUACAAGGCUCUGCUGACGGCGUUGACAGAAAGCUGCGGAAGUCCAGAAGAGCUGCAGAUACUCAAGAUCCACCGCAGCGACCCGCAGCUGAUCAUUCAGGUGCGUUUCUGCCGGCGCCAGGCAUGCAGCCUCUUCCUGCGCUCCUAUCGCGAGGGGGCGUUGCGCGCCGCGCUGCAAAAGUGCCUGGCGGCGGCGCUUGCCUUGCGCGUGGUGCCGCUGCAACUAGAACUGCGCGCGGGCGCUCAGCUGCUGGACCCCUUGCUGACCGACGAGGAGCGCUGUUUGAGCUGCAUCCUCGCCGAGAAGCCCGACCGGCUCCGGGACGAGGAACUCGCUGAGCUGGAGAACUCGCUCCGGAAUCUUUCGUGCGGCUCGGGCAGCCAGGUCAGCGACAAAACUGUCGCCACCUCGCAGACUCUGACGACCUCCCCCUCGAAGGAGAAGCCGUCGCCGCCGCCGCCCGCUGGCCAGACUUUCAUGUUCCAGGGCCUUCCAGUAGAGAACCGGCCGCUGAACAUACAGGACCAGCAGACCUUCGCGCGCUCGGUGGGCCUCAAGUGGCGCAAGGUGGGGCGCUCACUGCAGCGCAGCUGCCGCGCCUUGCGGGACCCGGCGCUGGACUCUCUGGCCUACGAGUACGAGCGCGAGGGCCUGUACGAGCAGGCCUUCCAGCUGCUGCAACGCUUCAAGCAGGCCGAGGGCCGCCGUGCCACCCUGCAGCGCCUGGUGGAGGCGCUCGAGGAGAACGAGCUCACCAGCCUGGCCGAGGAUUUGCUGGGCUUGGCACAACCCGAUGGCUUAGCCUAAGCUGCCAGAGGUGACGGCCCAGCCAGGCUUCGGAGCCUCUACGUGACUCUAGGGUUCCCCUUUGCUGCUACUGUUGACCGUCCUGGCCAUCCACAGGACUUUGCGGCCACACUUGCAUUCGACCUAGCACAUCUGCUGGGGCUGUCCUCUCCAGGAAUGGGAUGGGCAUCCACCUUGCCCCUCAUCUGCCGUGGAUGCUAUGGAGGAUUCAGCCUAAAUACCUUGACAGAGACAGAGAGUACAAGUGACCGGUGGCAAAGUUCCGUAUCACACUCUCUCUCCCGCCUUAGAAGAGGUGCUCCAGGGCCCACCCUUGCCGCCUUCACUAAUGGAAGAUGACAAACAC